GGUCUGUCAGCUCGAUCCCCUUUCUUUUCCUCUCCGCCUUUUUCGCCUUUCCGGUCGGGUCGUCACGGUCGGUCCCCCCCAACAGUCGACAUCACCGCUAUCUCAUCUCCUCUUUCCGUUUUCCAGACCAGGUUCGUCCGCUUCUAGUCUCUCUACUACUUGCACUUGCCAAUACCACCAUUCUCUUGUUGCCUGGCCACUCUGCUUGGCUUAGGGUUCUGGUCUGCUCCCGCCCAGGCCACCUGCCCCAUCAGAUUCACUCUGCCAAGUGACUACGCGCCGGGACUCUCCCUGCACCUAGUCCUCUGGUGACUUUGCAAUCCCUCUGACAGCCUACCUUGCAUUCGCCCCCCCUCCUUCCACUCUCUUCAUCACGCUAAAACGAUCGAAACCUUUCAUUUCUUCUAUCGAUCUGUGACUGACUGACAAUCUAAUUCUGCAGUUUGCAUAGCACACCAGUCAGCCGAGUGCCUAUUCGGUCAAGAUGACGACCAUGGAUUUGCGUGUCGGUAACAAGUACCGCAUUGGCCGGAAGAUUGGAAGUGGUAGUUUCGGUGACAUUUACCUCGGUACCAACAUCAUCUCGGGCGAGGAAAUUGCUAUCAAGCUUGAAAGCGUCAAGGCCAAGCACCCCCAGCUUGAAUAUGAAGCCCGCGUCUACAAGUCUCUUGCCGGCGGUGUUGGCAUUCCGUUUGUUCGCUGGUUCGGCACGGAAUGUGAUUACAAUGCCAUGGUUAUCGACCUCCUCGGCCCCAGCUUGGAGGACCUAUUCAACUUCUGCAACCGCAAGUUCUCGCUCAAGACGGUGCUCCUGCUUGCCGACCAGCUCAUUUCUCGUAUCGAGUACAUUCACGCCAAGUCUUUCAUCCACCGUGAUAUCAAGCCCGACAACUUCCUGAUGGGUAUCGGUAAGCGUGGAAACCAGGUCAACGUCAUCGACUUUGGUCUGGCCAAGAAGUACCGCGACCCCAAGACUCACUUCCACAUCCCUUACCGCGAGAACAAGAACCUUACCGGAACUGCUCGUUACGCCAGUAUUAACACUCACUUGGGUGUUGAGCAGUCCCGCCGUGACGACAUGGAGUCUCUCGGAUAUGUCAUGCUCUAUUUCUGCCGUGGCACCCUCCCCUGGCAAGGCCUGAAGGCUGCUACUAAGAAGCAGAAGUACGACCGUAUUAUGGAGAAGAAGAUGACCACGCCCACUGAAGUUCUUUGCCGUGGAUUCCCCAACGAGUUCUCCAUCUACCUGAACUACACUCGUUCCCUGCGCUUCGAUGACAAGCCAGACUACUCCUACCUCCGCAAGAUCUUCCGCGAUCUGUUCGUCCGCGAGUCUUUCCAGUAUGACUAUGUCUUCGACUGGACCGUCUACAAAUACCAAAAGAACGCUGCCAUGAUCGUGGAUGCCAACAAGAAGGACAAGGAGGCUGAAGAGCAGCAGCGCCGUCAGGGUGUUGCUGCUGCGGCACCCCUGGGCAUCCCCGGUGCCGCCAAGCCUGGUGCGAUCUCUAGCCAGCGCCGCAAGGUCAUCGAACGUGGAACUCUAGACAACACGCCGGACACCAACCGGGCCGUGGGAGGGAGUGACAGGAUGUGAGUAUCUG